CUGGUCACUGAGAGGGCGAGCAAUCGGCGCAACGACGACACAGCCAGCUCGAGAAGCUCCAAUCGCGACACACCUACCAACCCACCCAUUUCUUUCCCCGUCUGCCACCAGCCAGCCAGAGAAAGAGAAAAAACCAAAAAUGUUCGCCCGCUUCUCCCGAGCCCUCCCCCGCUCCCAACUCGCCGGCCCCAUCCGGCCCCUCUACCGCUAUACCGCCACCGGCCUGGGAGCUUCCAUGUGGUUCUGGAUCUUUUACAAGGCGAAGGAGGACGGACCUGUCCUUCUCGGCUGGAAGCACCCCUGGGAUCACUAAACGACUCGCAUCGAGGAUAUGAAAACGACGAGGUGGUGAAGAGAAAUAAAUGUACAUACCUGGUCAGGCGCCAAAGUAGCAAUAACGCUGACCCAACUAGACGGACGGACAACAGGCCUAGGAGGAAGCCAAGAGCAAGAGAGGGAGGAGAUACCAAAUUAAAUCAGUUUAACAGUCACAUUGUUUGCUGUUCAGUUGAUAUUAUACGUUAAUCUCUAAGUAGCA